UUCCCCACAGGUAUCCCCUUCCCCAAGAACUUCACCCAGAUCUGUAAGAAGAUCAUCUGCCGUCUGUUCCGGGUGUUUGUCCACGUCUACAUCCACCAUUUUGACCGUAUGAUCCUGAUGGGAGCUGAGGCCCAUGUUAACACCUGCUAUAAGCACUUCUACUACUUCAGCACAGAGCUCAACCUCAUAGACCGCAAGGAGCUGGAGCCACUGAAAGAGAUGACUUCUGGGAUGUGUCACUGAGGAGUAGCAGAACUACUGGAGCAGCUGAGGAUUGUCUGGGAUGCCCUGCUGGCACAGCAGGAGGUUACCAUGGAGAUACGGAGGGGUACACAGUUGACUCUGAAGCUUGAUGACGUCAUCAGUGUGAUUCAACUAGCUCGAUGUCAUCACUGUCAUUCUGAUAGCAAGAGAAGAACCUUCUACCUGCAGAUAUACCUGGCUGGCUGGCUGGCUGGCUGGCUGGCUGGCUGGCUAUAUGGAUUAAUGAAUAAAUGAAUGAACGAAUGAACAAACGAAUGAAUGGAUGAUGGAUGGAUGCUGGCUAGAUGGAUAGAUAGAUGAAUGAAUGGAUGGAUGAUGGAUGGACACUGUAGCAAAGACAUUCUACUAUUUCUACUGUAGUUUACAUUAAGGACCUCCCUCUGUAUCACCACGUCGUUGAGGAGGACCUCCCUCUGUAUCACCACGUCGUUGAGGAGGACCUCCCUCUGUAUCACCACGUCAUUGAGGAGGACCUCCCUCUGUAUCACCACGUCGUUGAGGAGGACCUCCCUCUGUGUCACCACGUCACUGAGGAGGACCUCCCUCUGUGUCACCACGUCACUGAGGAGGACCUCCCUCUGUAUCACCACGUCACUGAG